AUGGACAGCAGCGCGGAGGAGAAGUUCAGGUUCUGCAUUGACAGGAGCGGCACCUUCACUGACAUCUAUGCCGAGGUACCCGGGAGAAGAGAAGGCUAUGUCAUGAAGCUCCUCUCCGUCGACCCGUCAAACUACGACGACGCGCCCAUCGAAGGGAUCAGGAGGAUCCUGGAGGAGUUCUCCGGAGAGAGGAUUCCCCGGUCGGCCAAGAUCCCCACCGGCAAGAUCGAGUGGAUCAGGAUGGGCACCACGGUCGCCACCAACGCCCUCCUGGAGAGGAAGGGCGAAAGGAUUGCGCUUUGUGUGACAAGGGGGUUUAGGGAUUUGCUCCAGAUUGGUAAUCAGGCUCGCCCGAACAUAUUCGACCUCAAGGUGUCAAAGCCGUCGAAUCUUUAUGAGGAGGUGAUGAUGGUGACAGCGACAGGGAUGAGUCAUCUGUUGAAGGGAUCUCUGGGGAACUGUGCCUCGGGGCCUGACCGCAAGUGUGGACGCCUAUCUCACCGAUCGGGAUUCAUGUCGAGAUUUGAAGGGGGUUCUGAACAAGUGAAUGUGCUAUUUAUGCAAUCAGAUGGAGGACUUGCACCGGAGAGGAGAUUCUCUGGGCAUAAAGUGGUAUUGUCAGGACCUGCAGGUGGUGUGGUUGGCUACUCGCAGACCUUGUUUGGACUUGAGACAUCAAAGCCACUGAUUGGGUUUGACAUGGGGGGUACAUCCACGGAUGUGAGCCGCUAUGAUGGAAGCUAUGAACAAGUUCUGGAGACACAGAUUGCUGGGUCAAUUAUUCAGGCUCCCCAGCUUGACAUAAACACUGUGGCUGCUGCUGGUGGAUCAAAGCUUAAGUUUCAAUUUGGUGCUUUCAAGGUUGGGCCAGAAUCUGUUGGGGCACACCCUGGUCCAGUCUGUUACCGAAAAGGAACUGUUAUUCCUGAGUACUUCCCAUCAAUAUUUUGUCCAAAUGAAGAUAUGCCCCUUGAUUAUGAGGCUACAAGAAAGGCCUUCGAAAAUCUUGCAGUUGAGAUCAACUCUCACCGAAAGAGUCAGGACCCAUCAGCAAAUGACAUGGCAAUUGAAGAGAUUGCACUUGGGUUUGUCAAUGUCGCAAAUGAGACAAUGUGCCGGCCUAUACGCCAGCUGACCGAAAUGAAGGGGCAUGAUACAAAGAACCAUGCCCUCGCAUGCUUUGGUGGUGCUGGCCCACAACAUGCAUGCGCUAUGGCAAGGUCCUUGGGUAUGUCUGAGGUACUUGUUCACCGAUAUUGUGGAAUAUUGAGUGCAUAUGGGAUGGGUCUUGCUGAUGUCAUUGAAGACUUGCAAGAACCAUACUCUGCUGUUUAUAAUACCGAGUCAUCUGCAGAAGCAUCUAGAAGAGAAGCCCUUUUAGUAAAACAGGUGAAAGAAAAGCUGAUGGAGCAGGGUUUUGGAGAGGAGAGCAUCAGGACAAAUUCAUACUUGAAUUUGAGGUACGAGGGAACUGAUACGGCCAUCAUGCCUCGUGAAUUGACGCAGAUAUCAACCAAACCUGUGAAAGAAAGUUCAUGCCAGAUUUAUUUUUCAAGUGGGUGGCAAGAUACUCUGCUGUACAAGCUUGAGAAUUUGGGUUAUGGCCAUGUCUUGGAGGGUCCUGCAGUUAUUAUGAAUGGGAAUAGUACUGUGAUCAUAGAAAAAGACUGUAAAGCCAUCAUUACAAAGUAUGGUAACAUAAAAAUAGAGAUUAAUGCAGCUCCAAGCACUGUAUCAAUAUCAGAGAAAGUUGCAGAUGUGGUCCAACUUUCUAUUUUCAAUCACCGAUUCAUGGGUAUCGCUGAACAGAUGGGUCGGAGACUUCAAAGAACUUCAAUUUCCACUAACAUAAAGGAAAGGCUAGACUUCUCUUGUGCUCUCUUUGGUCCAGAUGGUGGCCUUGUAGCAAAUGCACCUCAAUGCCCCUGUGCAUUUAGGAGCCAUGUCUAUCGAGGUCACCAUGCUGAGAUUGGUGGCAUCACGCCAGGAAGCAUGCCUCCUUUCUCAAAAUGUAUCUGGGAGGAAGGUGCUGCCAUCAGAGCAUUUAAACUUGUUGAAAGGGGUGUUUUCCAAGAGGAAGGAAUAGUCCAGCUGCUGCAGUCACCUUGCUCUGAUGAACUUGCUAGCUAUAAGAUCCCAGGAACAUGUCAGAUCCAAGAUAAUCUUUCCGAUCUCCAUGCUCAGGUUGCAGCAAACCAGAGAGGUAUAUCACUUAUCAAAGAACUGAUAAAUCAGUAUGGCUUGGUCACUGUUCAAUCAUAUAUGAACCAUGUUCAAAAGAAUGCUGAGGUAGCUGUCAGAGAGAUGCUCAAAACUGUUGCGUCUAGAGUUGCAAAGGAGAAUGGAUCAUGUGUUGUUGAGGAUGAAGAUUAUAUGGAUGAUGGCUCUGUCCUUCACUUGAAACUCACCCUUGAUGCUAUUAAAGGUGAAGCUACAAUUGACUUUGAGGGUACCAGUCCUGAGGUCUAUGGCAACUGGAAUGCUCCUGAAGCAGUUACAACAGCUGCUGUCAUAUACUGCCUACGGUGCUUGGUGGAUGUCGAUAUACCGCUAAAUCAAGGCUGCCUAGCGCCUGUGAAGAUCCUCAUUCCUAAAGGCUCUUUCCUCUCACCUAGUGACAAGGCUGCUGUUGUUGGUGGCAAUGUGCUAACGUCUCAGAGAGUGACUGAUGUUAUCCUAAUGGCGUUUCAAGCCUGUGCCUGCUCUCAGGGCUGCAUGAACAAUUUGACCUUUGGGGAUGACACCUUUGGUUACUACGAGACCAUUGGAGGUGGAUGUGGAGCUGGGCCAACCCCUGGGAUGGCACUAGUGGUGUUCAAUGUCACAUGA